CAUUACUGUUGUUUACGAAAUUGAAAGAACGAAAAAGCAAUGUCCGGCGCUUUAACCGGGUUAAUGGAUGUGAAGUGUUUCAAAAUGUGAAACUUGAUUAUAUGGAUUUCAGCACUACAGAGUGAAUCAGUUCCAUUAAGAUUCUAAGUAGGACAUGCUGAUGAAUGUUAACCAGCACAAAAUUUAGAUCUACAUUUACCCUCUGACUAUCCAAAACACUCUAAUAUCAAAUUGUGAUUCAGAAUUGUAUACUGAAACUUGGAACAUGGACUUAUCAAGGAAAUACAGUAGAUUUAAAAUUACAAUGUGAUAAUGAAACUGAAGAUGUAGAUCAACCAUGUCAUUAUAUGAAUGAUGUUGAUUUAUCUGCUUAUUUAGCUCAUAGUGAAUGGGCUUUAGAAAGUGCUUCCAUUAAACGUAAUAUACAAACUUAUGGAGGUGAAGAUCAAACAUACAUUGAUGUUACUAUUUAUGUUUAUAUGCAACGUCGUGCAUUAUAUUAUAUGUUCAAUAUUAUUAUACCAUGUAUGAUAAUGUCAAUGAUGGCAUUACUUGUAUUCACUUUACCACCUGAAGCAAAUGAGAAAAUUGUAUUAGGUGUUACCACUCUACUUUCAUUGACAAUGUUGUUGCAAUUAGUAGCUGAUAAAUUACCACAAACAUCGUCAGGAAAUCCUGUACUUGUCUUAUAUUUCACAUGCACAAUGAUCCUUUGUUCACUUUCAUUGGUAUGCGCUGUGGUUUUACUAAAUUGUCAUCAUCAUACAGGAGGUAUUGUUUAUGUACCAUGGUGGAUUGAAAUAUUGAUUAAUACAUGGUUAGCAAGUAUUCUUCGAAUUGAUCAUGAUCUAACUGAUCCUUCUAAUAAUAAUAUGGAUGAAAAAAAUGAAAAAAAUUUAAAAAAUUCUAAAGAAAAAUUAAUACCAAGUGAAAAUUCUUAUCAAAUGGAACAAUAUGAUGAUGAUGAUGAUGAUGAUGAUGAUAAAAGCCAUUAUAUCCAAUUGAAUUAUUCAUAUAAUAAUAAUAAUACUACUACUAACAAUACUACUCACAAUAAUAAUAUCAGUAGUAUUAAUAGUAGUAAUAAUCCAAGGAAUCCAACAGUUUGGUCAAAUAUCAUUGAUAUGAAUUCAGAAUUUCGUCCAACAAUUAUAAUUCAUAAAACAUUAAAACAUGAUAAUAAUACUAAUAGUAAUAAUAGUAAUAUGAAAAAAUCUUUAUUAAUCAAUCAAUUCAAGUUGAAAUCUGAAUUACAAAGUAGGAUUGAACAAAAUUAUUUCACUGAUGAUCACGAUCAUGAUCGUAAUCAGGAUCCGGAUCAUCAUGAUUGCAAUCAUUUAUAUCAUCCUCAUCGAUUAUCAACUGAUUUAUUAGGUAAACCAUUGAAUAAUAUACCUACUAAUACUACUACUACAAUACAAGAAGAUAAAGUAAAUGGUAGAACAAAUAUAACUAGUCGAUUACAAUAUACAUGUAAACGAAAUAUAACUGAACAAUCAAAAUAUUUCAAAAAAACAAUCCCAAGAUUUCAUUUAUCAUCAUCUGGUGAAUCUCCACUGGAUUCAUCACAAUGUUCAUCAUCAUCACCACCACCAACGCCAACACCGUCGUCGCCGUCAUCAUCAUCAUCAUCAUCAUCAUCAUUCAACAAAGAUACAAUCUUUUCAUCUCCAAAUCGAAUUAGUGGGGAUCCAAAUAGUACUAGUCCAUUAAAACAAAAUAAUUUUGAUAUAAUUUUAUUAAAAUUAAAACAAAUUUCAAAUGAAUUAAAAUUUAUUACAUCUGGUAUGCAUAAUAAAGAUAAAGAAAUUAAAACAUCAAAUGAAUGGCGUUUAGCAUGUCGUGUAUUAGAUCGUUUAUGUUUAUUAAUAUUUACUGCAUUAAAUUUAUUUACUACAUUAGGUAUAUUAACAUCAGCACCAACUGUAAUUAAAGCAUUCACAUCAAGAGGUGCACCAUCACAACCAAUGUAAUCAAUAAUCAAUUCUUUCUUUGUCUUUUCUUUCUUUCAAUGUUCACUAGUAUCGUUUUCUGUAUGUGCGUGCGCGUGUGUGUGUGUGUGUGGGGGGGUGUAUGUUGCUAUGGCAAUUGAAUGUUUCCAAAUAGAAAUUGUUUCCUUUGUGUUAUUUUUUUUUUGCUUUUCAAAUGUCAAUAUAUUGAAUACAUUGAAAAGUGAUAUUAUGAAUGGAAACAUUUAUGAAACUUACUUUAAAUGGUUUAAUUUGUUUAACAAGAUUUUUUCUAUGGGUUGGGGUUGCUAACAUCAUACCCAACCCUCCUCAUUUACUCGGGCUUCGAAUUGGCAGUAACUCUAGAAAAGCUACAGGUGGAGUAAUUUAUGAGACGGUUAAUAUUUAAAUGGAUCUUUUUGUUAUAUAAGAAAUUUCAUGUAAAUCUGAUCGAAUAGUUUCGGGAGCCAAGUUGAUGUGAGAUUGAUAUGCUUGAGCUAAGUCGAUUUUCUCGGUAACGAGCAGAACAAAGACUUGUGACUAGAGACCGAUAAGCUAGCUAUUCUGACGCGACCCAGACCCAGCUAACUAGAGUAAGAAGUCCAAGUUUGAAGUGGGGAAAUAUAUAUUCCUUAGCAGCCAGAAGCAUAGAAAUCAAUAAAGGGGUGAAAAAUCAAACGUAUAUGUACAGCAAUGAAUUGUCCUUGGGUAGUAUUAAAAAAUAACACACUCAAAGAAACAAUGGACCAAUAGCGUU